AUGUCAAAUAUAACUACAGAUCCGGCUUAUGCUGCAUUUAAAGAUGCAGGUUUUUGUGUCCCUUUAGUUUUGCUUAUUUUUUGUAAAGCUUUUGUUUGUCUAUUAGGUAUUAUUUUAAAUGGAGAUCUUGUUUACAUUACUUGGAAAACAAACCAACAAAGUAGCAGUUUCGUUACUUUAGCCGUUGUAGUAAGUGGAACAAAUUUUAUUCCUCUUGGAUAUUGUGGAAUUAUACAGGCAAUUCCUCUAUUUUGUACAAUUUUUACUAAUGGAAUAGCAUUUUCAAUUGGUGUUGACCGCCUUUUAAGUGUUGCUUUUCCAAUAUGGUAUAUGGUUCAUGAUAAAAAGAAUUAUUUAAAUAUAAUAAUUACUUUUUGUUGUUUAUAUGCUUUAAUUGUGCCUAUAUGUGGAAUUAAUAUUUCUUUAUCAAAUCCAGAAAUAGAUCCAAUGCAAAAAGAUGCUACUUGGGUAGUAAUUAUGUUACUCUCUGUUAAUUUAUCUUCUGUUUUUUGUUAUAUUUCUGUUUGGAUUAUUUUAAUGUUUAAAGAUUCAAUGAAGAAAACACAAUUAAAUGUAUUUAAAUCCCUUUCUGUUAUUUUAUUAAUGGAAAUUUGUGGGUGGAUAUCUAAUUAUUCAAUUCGUUUAAUUAUUGGGGCAGCCAAUCUCCACACUUUAAAUUCUUGGUAUAUAAUUAAUAUAACAACAAUUAUGCCUUAUAUUGCUAUGAGUUUGUCUCCUGUUUCUUUAUAUAUUUUUAGGUAA